AUGGUUAGGCCUACACAGCCUAUCUCAGCACGAACAGUGGGCUUACGAAGUUGUACGCCGAAGAAAAGCAUCGUGUUUUUGAAAACUCACAAAACAGGCGGAACAACGUUAGCACGAAUACUUGAACAAUACGCCUUCGACAACAAACUAAAUGUGGUCAUUAAAGCAGAACAGGGAAGCUAUUUUCACUUUACAAAUACGAAUUUGAAUUUUAAUUCAAAGAAGAAAUUUUUACCCCCGAUAGGCGUCAAACAAGGAGAUUAUAACAACUAUAAGUACAAUGUUUUUGCGCUACAUGCCCGAUACGAUAGGCCGGUUUAUGACUCGUUUAUGGAGAUUGACUCAAUUUAUGUGACAUUAUUGCGUGACCCAAUCACUCAGUUCGAAUCUACUUUUGAUUACUUUGGUGUUGGGGCAGCCGCACUAAGAGGCAAGUCAUUAAAUAAAACACAGAGAUUAGAGGUUUUCUUAAGUGAUCCACUUAAAUAUUGGACUCCACUGAAAAAUUCUCUGCGCUUACGUUCUCGAAAUAAUCAGAUUUGGGAUUUGGGCGUUGAUCCCGCGAAAUAUCCUAAUAGUUUUGUUGCUGAUUAUACAAUUAAACGUUUGGAUAAUGAACUUGAUCUAGUAAUGAUAACAGAAUAUUUUGACGAAUCAUUGUUAUUACUGAAACAAAAGCUUUGUUGGGAGUUUGAAGACAUUUGUAUCUACCUCGAAACCAGAGAAGUAGCCGUGUCGCGUUAAAUGUGAACACUCGUAACAAAAUAUCGCAGUGGAAUUGGAUAGACA